CUUCCCCACCGCAGAGGAACUGUUGCACGCACUGCGCAGACUCCCCGCUGCAGUGGGCGUGGUUCUCGGAGGGCCCGCCUCCUCUUUCCUCCCGCCCCUACUCAGCUGCUUCAGCAGAAGCUGGGGCCCCACCGAGGUAGCAGCCGCCGCCGGACCUCCAGUCCCCGACACACCCACCUUGCCGCCUCGGCUCUGCAGUCUCCCAGCUGCCAGGCAAUAUGAAGCCUAAACUGAUGUACCAGGAGCUGAAGGUCCCUGUGGAGGAGCCUGCAGGAGAACUGCCCAUGAAUGAAAUUGAGGCAUGGAAGGCAGCAGAGAAGAAAGCCCGCUGGGUCCUGCUGGUCCUUAUCCUGGCGGUGGUGGGCUUUGGUGCCCUGAUGACUCAGCUGUUUCUAUGGGAAUAUGGGGACUUGCAUCUAUUUGGACCCAACCAGCGCCCAGCCCCCUGCUAUGACCCCUGCGAAGCCGUGCUGGUGGAGAGCAUCCCUGAGGGUCUGGAGUUCCCCAACGCCACCACGAGCAACCCCUCCACUAGCCAGGCCUGGUUGGGCCUCCUUGCCGGUGCUCAUAGCAGUCUGGACAUCGCAUCCUUCUACUGGACCCUCACCAACAAUGACACCCACACUCAAGAGCCCUCUGCCCAGCAGGGUGAAGAGGUUCUCCAGCAGCUCCAGGCUCUGGCACCCCGAGGUGUGAAGGUUCGCAUCGCUGUGAGCAAACCCAACGGACCUCUGGCUGACCUGCAAUCCCUGCUCCAGAGUGGUGCCCAAGUCCGCAUGGUGGACAUGCAGAAGCUGACCCAUGGUGUCCUGCACACCAAGUUCUGGGUGGUGGAUCAGACCCACUUUUACCUGGGCAGUGCUAACAUGGACUGGCGCUCUCUAACCCAGGUCAAGGAACUGGGCGUGGUCAUGUAUAACUGCAGCUGCCUCGCUCGAGACCUGACCAAGAUUUUUGAGGCCUACUGGUUUCUAGGGCAGCCCGGUAGCUCCAUCCCUUCUACCUGGCCACGGCCCUUUGACACCCGCUACAAUCAAGAGACACCAAUGGAGAUCUGCCUCAAUGGCACCCCAGCUCUGGCCUACCUGGCGAGUGCACCCCCACCGCUGUGUCCGAGUGGCCGCACCCCAGACCUGAAGGCUCUGCUCAACGUGGUGGACAACGCCCGGAGCUUCAUCUACAUUGCUGUCAUGAACUACCUGCCCACCAUGGAGUUCUCCCAUCCACGCAGGUUCUGGCCGGCCAUUGAUGACGGGCUGCGACGGGCUGCCUAUGAAAGAGGUGUCAAAGUGCGCUUGCUCAUCAGCUGCUGGGGGCACUCUGAGCCAUCCAUGCGGUCCUUCCUGCUCUCCCUGGCUGCUCUUCGUGACAACCACACUCACUCUGACAUCCAGGUGAAACUGUUUGUUGUCCCCGCGGAUGAAGGCCAGGCUCGAAUCCCCUAUGCCCGUGUCAACCACAACAAGUACAUGGUGACUGAACGUGCGACGUACAUCGGGACCUCCAACUGGUCUGGGAGCUACUUCACAGAGACAGCAGGCACCUCCCUGCUGGUGACACAGAAUGGGCAUGGUGGCUUGCGCAGCCAGCUGGAGGCUGUUUUCCUGAGAGACUGGGAAUCCCCAUACAGCCAUGAUCUUGACACCUCAGCUGACAGCGUGGGCAAUGCCUGUCGCCUGCUGUGAGGCCUGGCCCAAAGGAUAGGCCAAAGCCUUCCAGGACUCCUUGGACGCAACCUUGGGUCCCGGCUUUUUGCCCCAUGCCCUUGCUUCUGUCUGUCCCAUCGUGGCUCCACAGUCUCCCCUACUGCGUUCCCAUCGCUACCUCCACCUCCGCUGGCCUGACACUCUGGCCCCUGUGGACCUAGCAGACCUAGGGAGAUUCAGGCCCCAAGUAGUGGGGGUGCAUGCUGGGCCUGGACCUUUGGCCUACCCCCGCAAAGGGGCCAAGAUUAUACUAACUAAAUAAUUGUCUGUA